AUAACCCUGUACUUUCUCGAAGACAACACUACUACUUUCGUACAUACCCCGACGAACACACACACGCAGACUUCCUCUGGUCUCCCUUUUCUCUGUACAUAAUUAAAAAACCCAGUAAUAUACAUGUGUGUGCAUAGCUGCUCAAUUGUAUGCUCAUCUUCAAGUGUGAUUUUGAUUUCGCGAGUGUGUGUGUGUCCGUUACGCCACGUAUCUGUUGCUCGCGGCAACAGGGUUUGAUUGCAAGCAACUGCGCGUGAGAAAACUUCCCAAACCGGUAGGCAAGCACGCGCAGCCUCGGCAGGCGCGUGCGGAGGGUCCGUCAAGUUCGCUGACACUAUUCUGUAGUCGCGGUUUCAUGCGGCGCUGCCUUUGAACUCCUUGACACCUGGAGAACAGUGCCGUAGACACUAGCCACCACGACGCUCAGCCCCUCUGCCCUUUCCUAUCUUGUCAACCAUCGCGACUGAGCCACUGCACUAGCACAGGCCUGCAAGUGAUAAGAGUUAUUAGGCUGGCUGCGAUAGAGGGCACUGUUUAAAACAAAGAAACAGAGUUGAACGGAGACCACGCCUGUGUGAUCGGUACAAGAGGGUGAAGUCCUACGCACCGCUUUAGUUGCGCUGGAGACGAAAACCCUCCUUGUGUCAAGGAUGUACAAAGGACAGUCGAUGCUAAUCUAGAGCAUGAAUUGGUCACCCACAGGACUGUGACAACAUCAGUUUCUCAGGCCGUUCCUAACUUUCGUGAUUUAGUAGACAAGUGGGGGAUGGCAAGCUCUGUGUAAAUUUACUUCGCAAAGUGAUUGGUUGAUUCUGUCACACGUCACUAGUGCCAAAAUGUCGAGACAAGACGGUUUUCCCGACGUAACACUUGCAGAGCAGAGACCGCUUAACCCUCCAAAUGCCAACUCCAAUUUCAGCUCCAACUCUAAGGACACCGUUGUGAUUCUUCAGAGGCGCGAACACUUGGGCUACUUCCUGUCAAGAACUAGGACGUACUUACUCGGACUCUGCGCUGUUCUUAUUCUGGCCGUGUCGAUUCUGCUGACGGCGUUUCUCGUCAGAGAAUCGUGCAAGUGCCAUGAAGGACAUGGUCUUCAAAAUAAGGGAAACUUUGAGCCCCAUUCUAAAAACCCGAGCAUGAACCGGACGUCCUCGGUGUUUCUAGAUCCGAGCAAGUUUCCCUGGUCAGGACUUCGUCUGCCACGAAGUAUACUUCCCGCUCACUAUGACCUGAUACUGAAGGUCAACUUGAACACCUCAGAAUUCUCAGGGUCUUGUAACAUCACUGCUCACGUCAACACAUCCACGCGCUAUAUAGUCUUUCAUCGUAGCGACCUUGCCAUAAACGAGUCACAAGUCAAAGUUCGAUCCGACUAUCAUCAUCCCUGGCAUAUCGUCAAGCAGUACAAUGUGACCGAAAACCAGUUCCACGUGCUGGAGCUGAACCGGACACUUCCAGCAGGACUGAAGAUUUACAUCGAGGUUGCGAAAUUUUCAGGGGUCAUCCGUGAUGAUCUCCGGGGUCUCUACCAGAGCUCAUACAAGACUCCAGACGGACAAGUGAAGCACCUAGUCUCCUCCCAGCUGCAAUCCACCGAUGCCAGACGUGUGUUUCCUUGCUUCGAUGAGCCGGAUUUUAAAGCGACUUUCCGGAUUUCCGUCAUACAUCAGAGAGGGUAUGAAGCUUUCAGCAACAUGCCCGUUAAAAACAGCCAAAUCCUAGAUGUUGACUGGGUUCGCAAAGACUUCGAAGUCACUCCCAUUAUGUCUACCUAUAUCUUGGCGUUUGUCGUCGCUGAUUUCAGGGCCCGUAACUACACGUUUGACAAUGGCUAUUCUCUCAGGGUUUGGGCUCGCCCCGAUGCAUACGACCAGACGAAGCACGCCCUCGAAUUCGGUGUGGAAACGUACAAGUUCUUCACAGAUUACUUUGGAAUUCCUGAUACUGUACCCAAGGCAGACCACGUAGCUGUGCCUGACUUUAGUGCCGGGGCCAUGGAAAACUGGGGUCUCGUCAUCUACCGGGAAACUGCCCUCCUCUAUGAUAAGAUGGUGUCGUCCAGCUCCAACAAGUACAUGGUGACGCUGAUUGUCGCUCAUGAGAUUGCACAUACGUGGUUUGGCAACAUGGCGACCAUGCGAUGGUGGGACGACCUCUGGUUAAAUGAAGGGUUCGCCAGCAGCCUUAUGUAUAUUGCCAUGGACCAUGUAUAUCCUGAAUGGAAUGUUUUCGCCAUUCAAGUUGUCGAGGAUAUUUUCCCAGUCAUGGUCAAGGAUGCGCUUAUUACGUCACAUCCUGUGUCAACUGAGAUCAAAGAUCCUGAGGACAUACAACAAUUUUUCGAUAUUAUUUCUUACAAUAAGGGAAUGGCAAUACUGCGCAUGCUCAAAUCUUUUAUCGGGCCAAACUGUUUCCGGAAAGGGCUCCAGAUGUACGUGAGGAGGUACAAGUUCAAGAACGCUGCGAUGGACGAGUUAUGGCAGACUUUUACGGAGGCAGUGAAUGGAACGUUUAAUGUGGAGCGCAUCAUGGGUACGUGGACACGGCAGAUGGGGUAUCCCUUGGUGAUGGUCAAGGACGAAGGCAACUACUACCUCUUGCAGCAGUCACGCUUCCUGCUUCACGACAACAGCUCACUACACAACGACAGUGAGACUCCGUAUGGGUACAAAUGGUACAUUCCAUUUACGUAUGUUACGGAAAACAGUCCAGCGAACGUCAAAAUGACGUGGCUGAACAUGGACUCAGCAAAGAUACCUAAAGACUCCGGAGGGUGGUUACUAGGAAAUUACGAGUACACUGGCUUCUUCAGGGUCUUAUAUGAAAUACCAAUGUGGGAAAAACUUGCAGACCAACUGCUGAGAAACCACAGUAUCUUUCCAGAAGCAAGUCGAGCCGGCCUCAUAGGUGACGCUUUUGCCUUUUCCAGGGCCAACCUUCUCGAUUACGAUGUCACGCUCAACUUGACACGAUACUUGAAAAAUGAGAUGAGUUACGUGCCAUGGCGCGCCUUUCUGGAUGCCAUGGAGUUUCUUCGAGGCAUGCUAGCGGCACAAGAAGCAUACGUUCAUCUUGAGCGAUAUCUGCGUCGACUGGUGGAACCUGUCUUCGACAAGGUGAUAGCGUCAUCACAGGGCUCUUUGUCAGAACAGUACGUCAAGCGCAUCAUACUCUCCAUCGCUUGUGACGUGGGACUGGAGAAGGCUGUCACUUACGCAAAAACCUUUUUCCAGGAAUGGAUGGAGUUUGGAAACAGGCCACCGCCUGACCUUUCGCUGUCCGUGUAUUCGGUGGGAGUGCGUGAAGGGGGUGUAAAGGAAUGGGAUUUCGUUUGGAACAAGACUCAGUCCACAACCGUGGCGUCUGAGCGAGAGAUGAUGAUGGAGGCGCUCGCACAGACGCAAAAGUCAUUUCUUCUUUGGCGCUAUGUCAAGUGGAUAUUUGAUCCCGAGAAGAUAAAGAUGCAGGACGUGCGUGUAGUGAUGGCCUACUUCACUAAGACUCCUCUGGCGCGGAUGGUGUCGUUAGACUUCCUCAUGAGUCACUGGGACGAAAUGAACAGCAAGUUUAGCGAAGACGCUUUCAUGAUGCGCGAGGUCAUUCAGGAGGUGACAACUUAUGUCAAUACGGACUUUCAGCUAAGACAGCUUGAGCGUCUGUUUCACGAGAAACCACUAAAAACGGCAUCCAAGGCAACGGGAAACGCUCUUGCACUGAUCAGAGCGAACAUCGACUGGAUGAAGCGAAAUUAUGAGAAGAUUUCUUAUUGGCUGCAGCACAAUGUGACGUGACAGAGCUGAUUUUUCAUCAGGAAAUUCUGUCAAUUGCACUUGCUCAAUAAUGAAAAGCUUAAUUUUUCACCAUGACAGCAGAUGUCAAACUUUAAUGUUGACACUUUUUUACUUGACAAAGUUUUUCAAGCAGCGUGAUGUUCGUUAUUAAAUCCUUAAACCGGAUCUUGCGACAGUGAUGGUGGAUUACUUUGUUAUUACAACAGAACGUUGAUAUAGAAGACACAGAGGUCAAAAGAAAGUGCUCUUAAUUCAGUCUAUUUCCCACCUUUUCUUUUUCUUUUUUUUUUUUUUUUUUUUUUUUUUCAGAUGACGUUCGUAAUGUCAGAGUCUUGUAGACUUCUCUCGUUCACUUUAUUUUAUCAUGACAUUAUUUCUUCAGACUAGAUUGAUGACUACCUGUGUGUAUCUUUAUGCCUAUUGAUAUAUUUUUGGUUUCUAUUGUUGUGUUUUUUCGGUCGGCAUGUAUACAUACAUGAGAAUAUGUUCUGACUUCCUUCUUUCAAAAUUAUUCCUGAAAAUAAAAACUGGCCAUCAAUCGAUGGCAUCUUUAAAACCAAUAAAAUACAAUUCUUCUCUGCUUUUGUAAUUUCAAACCACAUUGCGCUUAGUCAUAAUCAUGUUUCAAAUUUUACUACGCUUCAUUAGAUUUCUUUCUUUUUUUUUUUUUUUUUUUUUUUUGAGUCGUGUAACCACUCGGUGACCUCAUCAAGUCGGAACAGUGCAACGUUGUACUGUUAAUGCUAGCGAUAGAUAAAUGUAUGUAUUAUUAAUAUAAUAUUCAGAAACUCAGCGUUGUUUUCCUAUAAGCUUUGUGAGAAGCUCUAAUUAGGCCUAAAGAUUUAAUAUGAUAAUAAGACUCGCGAGUACAUAUGUACACAAUGUCGCACUCGCUCAAAACACAUUGUCAGCUCUUGUUUAUUUUAAUUCUACUCAAGCUUCGUUACUUAAGACUUAUACUGCUAAAUAUAUAUCUCUCUCUACUAGUUAAAGAACGAAGUCUGUAUGUCGUCGUUCACCAGCAAUCAAUACACUUUAUUCCAGAAACACGCAAGAAACUUUAUUUGUUAUUAAGAGCAAUGGAAUUACAUAAUUACAUCUAAUAUGAAACUCAUUGACUGUUGUUUGUGUGAAUAUUGAUUUUUAUUGCCAGUUCUUUAUUCUGACUAUUGAAUACAUUUCAUGUACAGUGUUUGUAAAUAUAACAUAUUAUUUACGAAAAUGAAAUGCUAAGCAUGUUGGCUGAUGAAGGAGUGAGGGAUGGUGACUGAAAACGCUGUGUGUAGUCAGUCGGGACCCUUCUGUCAGGUUACUCCUCCUUCCGCUCCCUCCCCAUAACCUUUGAUUCUUAAUCUAUUCUUGAAUCUCAAUUUGCUUGUCUUGGAAUUACAACUUUAUCACAAAAUGCUUUGUUAACAUUUAUAGGAUCAUCAUCAAUCAUCAUCAAUCAUCAAUGUAGUAUUUGCUUAUUUAUAGUCAUUUUGUAGUAUGUUUGACUUCGAGUGUAAGUACAUUUUAAGGUUAUCUAAUUACAUUACUUUGCUUUUUUAUUUACUUAAUUUCACUACUACCAGCUUUUUUAUUUAUUUACUUAAGGACAGCAAUUGGUCUCAAGGAUUUUGAGACGAAAUAAUUUCAAACUUAUUACUUAAAUACCCAUCACUAUCUAAAAGUUGGUUAAAAAAUUAUGAAAUUAUAAUUACCAUGAAUAAUAAAAAAUACGACGCCGUCUUGUCGAUUGCAAUUUGAUUUUCUCCAAAUCACAAAUAAAAAUAUUUUCUGUUUCUGCCUGAUAUGGUUUCGCUAGAUGGGUGUUCUCCAGAAUAAAUGCAGGCACAGAAGAAAUGUUUUAGGGCAUCUUUGUACUCUUGGGCUCCAGUCAGGCAGAACUUUAGGGUUCUCCUCUUGCAAAAAAGAGGCCUGAAUCUUUUUGACAGAGCGCUGGGGGCACAGUAACACAAGAAAUGGCUGCCAACCGCGAGAGCCCUCGAGGGAUGUUGCUGAACGUAUUUUUCGAUUCUCUCUUUCUCUCGAGGAUUGCUGUCCUCUGUCCAUCUGAACUCGACAUGCUUGUACUAAUCAAUGUACUGCAGUUGCAUGCUCGCUGCAGUUCCAGGCUGCUCAGAUUGGAAAAAUCCCCACAAACUAUUAAGCCUCAAGCGUUUAGGAAAGAUCAUAUUAGUCCAACUAGUUCUGUUCCGCAUCUGUGCCUCGCAGUUAAUCAAACUCUGCGCAAACAAUGCAGAAUAUUUGGACUAAUAGAGAUCUUAAAGCGUGGCCAUUAAUUUGGGGUUUUUUCGUUGUUGAAUAUGUU